AUGGUACAUAUUCAGAACUUUACGGAUGCUAGCACGCUAGUGCCUCAUUGGGGCUACGCAAGUCGCGUGGUCCCUUGCACGAACGAUCCAGGAUCUUGCAAGUAUCUCGAUGUCGUCUAUCAUUCUCACGACUUGGGAAUGCUAUACUCUGGUAUCUUCUGGGCGACUGUUGCUGGUAUUUUGUUCAUAUGGACAUUAGGCCGUCGUUUAUUUCCCUCGAGACGUGCAGACGAGGAGGUUCUUGUGCCUCUACGAGCAUCUUCAUCUCCAUCUCUAGGUGGCAUUGAACGACUUCAACUUCUUGUUCUCCUCGUCCUUACGGGAUAUCUCGCCGUGUGGUCCUUUGUUGGCAUUGUCUAUGGCAAAUGGGUCACACCCGUGAAGAAGAUGCCUGGUGUCUACAACACUCGCACCAGUCUUGGACCUUGGGCAGAUCGUGUCGGUGUACUCGCAUAUGCAUUGACACCGUUGUCCAUCCUUCUCUCAAGUCGUGAGUCAAUCCUCUCACUUCUCACCGGGCUGCCAUACCAGAGCUUCAACUUCCUCCAUCGAUGGCUGGGCUACAUCAUUGUAGUACAAUCUGUCCUCCACACCAUCGGCUGGACCAUCAUCGAGGCAAAGCUCUAUCAACCACAGCCUACCGUUGCUCAGGACUGGAUUAAGCAACUAUACAUGAUCUGGGGGUGUGUCGCCAUGAUCCUGUUGUUCCUUCUCUUUGCCCUCAGCACACCUUGGGCCAUUCGUCUUACUGGCUACGAGUUCUUCCGCAAGUCUCACUAUGUUCUGGCCAUGGUUUACAUUGGCGCUUGCAUCGGUCACUGGGACAAGUUGUCUUGUUACCUUGUCCCUGCGUUGAUUGUAUGGCUCUUGGAUCGUGGUGCUCGCCUCGUGCGUACUGCCAUUCUACAUUACACCGUCCUGCCUGGUGGUGAAGUCGCCUUUGGUCCUGCCAAAGCUUCGACCACGCUCUUCUCUGAUUUUAACGGCGAUGUCGUUCGUCUGGACUUUGUUCACCCACACGACGCGUGGGCUGUUGGUCAGCAUUUCUAUCUUUGCUUCCCGGAAAGCAGUAUUUGGCAAUCUCAUCCUUUUACGCCGCUUAGUCUUCCUAUUCACGACGACAUAAGUUGUGGUGUUCAGCACUCUUACAUUUUCCGUGCCAAAGGUGGUGAAACCAAGAAGAUCGCGCAACUAGCAGCAAAGAAGUUGCAACACGCUGGUGGAGUAACUCCCUUGACAUCUGUGAUUCUGACUGGACCUUAUGGUGAAGAAAUCACUACCAAUCUUACUCAAGACGUCAACAUACUCUGCAUUGCUGGCGGCACAGGAAUCACCUACGUCCUCCCCGUGCUCCUCGGCCUCGCACACCAAUCUCGCUCCAUAAAGAGAAAAACCACCCUCAUCUGGGCCAUCCGCCAAAAAGCAGACAUGACAUGGGUACAACCAGAACUCGAUCGCCUCAGACAACUAGCCAAAUCAAUCGACCUGACCAUCCGCAUCUACGUAACCCGAGAAGCAGAAGGAAACUCCCCCAUCACCGAAAAAGCCAAGUACACAGAAGACUUCAAAUCAGUCUCGGAACCCAUAGUCAAAUUUACAUCCGACCAAACCCCCGAUUCUUCAUCCGCCGCCUCGACUUCAGCAGCUUAUCCUUGCUGCGGCCCACCCUCUGACUCCUUCGCCGUUCAGAAGACCGCAAUUCCAGCUUCUGAUCCUAGAGACCAACCUAUCCACAGACAUCCAGAUCUGAGUAUUGUGGUCAAAGACUUCAUCGACGAGACCAUUUGCGGAAGAACAAGUGUAUAUGCCAGUGGACCCGGACGCAUGAUUUCAGAGUUGAGAAGCAUUGUAGCAAAAGCCAAUGAUGGAGCAAGAGUUUGGAAGGCGGAAGAGAGAUAUGAUCUCAGUCUUGUGUGUGACGAUAGAUUAGAAUGGUAG